UAGACAUUCUCUGGCUCGGUCUCAGCGGGUCUUUGUAGGCUAAAGGGCACCGCUGUCAUUUAUUAUAUCACAGUCACUGCGUUCUCACCAGCCCCUGCUCCCUGUGACUUUCUGCAGAGAAGAUCCAACACAAUGUUGCAAAAUACAGGAAAGCUGGCAGGUUGCACCCUGUUCAUCACAGGGGCAAGCCGAGGUAUCGGGAAGGCCAUUGCCCUUAAAGCUGCUAAAGAUGGUGCCAAUGUUGUCAUCGCAGCCAAAACGGCACAAGCCCACCCCAAACUUCCAGGGACCAUCUAUUCAGCAGCGGAAGAGAUUGAGGCAGCUGGAGGAAAAGCCUUGCCCUGUAUUGUAGAUGUACGAGAUGAAGCCCAGCUCAAUGAUGCAGUGGAAAAGGCUGUGCAGAAAUUUGGAGGAAUUGACAUCCUCGUUAACAAUGCCAGUGCAAUUAACCUGACCGGUACUUUGGAGACAUCCAUGAAGAAAGUAGAUCUUAUGUUGGGCAUUAACCUUAGAGGAACCUACCUCACGUCAAGAUUGUGCAUCCCACAUCUUCUGAAGAGCAAAAAUCCUCAUAUCCUAAACCUCAGUCCGCCACUCAACCUUAACCCCAUCUGGUUCAAGAACCACACAGCAUACACAAUGGCCAAGUAUGGAAUGUCAAUGUGUGUGCUUGGAAUGGCAGAAGAAUUCAGAGGAUCCAUCGCUGUUAAUGCCUUAUGGCCUAAGACAGCCAUCCAGACUGCUGCUAUGGACAUGCUUGGAGGUUCUGAUAUAGGGAAACAGUGCAGGAAGGUGGAGAUCAUGGCUGAUGCGGCCUACGCAAUCUUCAACCAGCCCACAAACUACACUGGGAACUUUGUCAUUGACGAGGACAUCCUCAAAAAGCAGGGGAUCAAGGACUUUGAUAUCUAUGCUGUUGCACCAGGUCACUCUCUGCUGCCUGACUUCUUCCUGGAUGAGGAGCCUGAGAAUCUGGUGAAACACAUGGAGGAUCAUGGUGCAAGCCCUGCUUUCAAGACUGGGCAGUCCAGCACUGUAGACAGUGGUCCUAUUGCAGAUACCUUCAAGGUCAUCAAGGGAAUCCUCAGUCCAGAUGUGGUCAAGAGCACUCAAGGAGUUUACAAAUUUGACCUAUCAGGGGAGCACCCUGGAGUUUGGUACAUAGACCUGAAGUCUGACGCAGGAAGUGCCGGCAGCGGAGAACCACCAGUCAAAGCGGACGUCGUCAUGAGCAUGGACAGCGCAGACUUCAUCAAGAUGUUCUCAGGGAAGAUGAAACCAACCAUGGCCUUCAUGUCAGGAAAACUGAGGAUCAAGGGGGACAUGACUCUUGCCAUUAAAAUGGAGAAAAUGAUGGGCUUGAUGAAACCCAAGCUGUAAAUAAGACUAAUUCAAUGCCUUAACAGAUGUGCCCGUCUUUAUAUGAAUGUGUUUUGUUGAACUGGUCCUUUUGUAAAAAGUUUCUAAUAAACUUGUUGCUAUGA